CUCGUCGCCAGCUCCCGUCCCUCCUCUUGGAAGGCUAAAAUAUGCAAGAAGGAAGUAAAGGCAAGCUAUAUUUAGGUUCAUUAGCGACUGUUAAAGGCUCAAUCCGGAUAAAACGUGUCAUAAAAUGUCUUCAAAACACUAAAGACCAACAAGGAAUCAUCCUAUACACAAGUUAUCUUUAACGGUACAUAACUCCAUCUCGCUAUUGACUUUAGCUGUUGUUCAGUGAGUAUUAAAAACACAUCAGGGAGCCCAUAGAUGGAUUACAGUAUGAGACAGUGGGCCCCUGGGCUCACAUGUAGAAGCGAGUCUCUGUGGUUGUUUUGUGUCUCUUUACAGCUUGGUUGUGCCACAUUGUAGUCAUUUUACAGUCUUUUUAAUCUAUUUGUAGUUACACAUUGCUUCUUUUUCUGAGUCUUUCCAAGAGGAAAUUAAUAAUAAUAAAAAUAAUUCAUAACAGAGACUCUGGCCCAGGGGCCGACUGAGUCACACUGUCACACUGGGUGUCAUGUUCCUUCACUUACAAUGAAUGUGAGCACUGUAUUGUGUUUUGAGUCAAUCACAUCCUCCAUCCUUAGAGGAGCAUUAAAUGUGUAUUAAUCAGCAGCUUAAAAUAGUCCCCAAAAAUGUACUUUAUACUCCUGUAUGAUUAAAAUUAGCUAAAAAGUAAACUGCCCAGCUGUUUUAUGAAAUUACUGAGACCCUUUUCUUUAAAGGAAGCAAUGUAUUUGUGGCACAUUUUUAAGAUGUAUGUCUUCAGGUGGAUCUGGGACUGAGAGCCACAGAAAGGCUGGUGUACUUGUAAAGUACUGAGAGGUGGACUAAUGCAUGGUUGUUUUGGUCCCUUUUUAUUGGAUCUGCUGAUAGUAACAAAAAUAUAGAAUUUCACCUGCCUUAUCUUUUAACCAUCUAUGCUGCAAAUUUUAUACCUUCUGUGACCUUUAGUUGAGUAAUUCAGUUUUCUGCUGCUUUAUACUUGUACUCCACUACAUUUCAGAAGAAAGUAUCUCACUCUCUGCUCCGCUACAUUUAUUUUACAUCAUUACUCACUGGUUACUUUGCAUAUUCACAUUAUUAAUACAAAACGUAACAAUUCCUCCAGGCACCCAGAAACCAACUGGUUCUGUAAAGAUGAUUAAAUUGAUUGAUUGAUUAGUUGACAGACAGAAAAUUAACUUACAAAAAAUUGGUUUACUGAUGAACUGUUGAAGUUUUUACAAAAAGAUUCCACCAGCCACUCAAAUGUGAAUAUUUGUUGUUUUUUCCUGUUUUUUUCUGUGACAGUAAACAACAUCAACAUCUUUAUAGUUUUGACUGUUUGUCAGACAGAAAAAGAGAUAUGAACAUGUUCAGUUGGGCUUCAGGUAAUAUUGAUAGGCAUUUCUCCAACUUAACAAUCAGUUAAUUAUUAAAGAAAAUAAUUAUCAGAUGUGUUGAUAUUGAAAGUCUUUCAGAUUUCAGCUUUACAGUACUUCUAUAAUUGGAUAAUGCUACAUUUUCUGUGUGUUAAUCACUGGAAACACAGAAAAAUUGAAACAGUUUGAUCAAACACAACCUCACAACAAAUUAGUUAUAUAUAAACUAGAACAAUGAACGACUUAAAACUAGAUUUUAAUGCAAGACCAGGGUCACAAGAUGAAGGAACGAACAAAGUUAAAUUGUAUAUUCAACUUAAUUAAAUAAUAUAGAACAGGUAGGGUUAGCCUCAGCCUGGGUGGAGGGAAUGUAAGCAUUAAAUAAAAAGUCAUAGUUAUUGUCUGAAACAGACAAAAACUCUGUAUGUAUUAUUUUCCUUAGAUCCACGGUGUCUUCCCAGGUAGUGAUGCCCUUUCCUCUCAGUUCGGUGGGGUUUUUUCCUCACCGUCCGUCAGGCAGGCACACCUUUCCUCUCUGGUCCUCCAGCGUUUCUUACCUUCUUGCCGCUCCCUCUCAGCCUCGUUGUCUGGCUGUGAACUCUCACCCCAGCUGCUUGGGAAAUGUCAUACAGGCAGAGGCCCGUGCUGCAGUAGGGGGGCGUAAUAGGAGGAAGGAAAGGAAGAAAAAAAAAUAACAACAUUUUUUACUGCUCUCUCUGCAUCUAUUAAUCGCGUCUCUGUCGUGCAAGUGCCACAUCCCGCUACCACCACCACCAGCAGCAGCAGCAGCAGCAGCAGCAGCCGAUAACUAAUCGCAGUCUCAAUGCUUAUUUCGCAUUAGGGCUAAUAUAAAAAAAAUCCGUGCCAGACAUGGGGGAGAACGUCCUGCUUCUCUUGAAGAUGUCAGUCCAACAAACUAAGUGGCUUGUGACGCCGAUGCCCAGUAGAAGAUCCUGGGAUUGAGACGUGAAUCCCUUUACACUGAUGGCCUGGACUGAGUUUCAGCUGGCCUGCUGAAGCUAUGGGGAGCUGUUGGAGCUGUCUGUACAGAGACCCCAUCCGAGACAACCAUCUCACCAAAUUUAAGGUCACCAAUGUGGACGAUGAGGGCAACGAGCUGGGCUCUGGCAUCAUGGAGCUCACACAGACCGAGCUCAUUCUCCACACACGCAAGAGAGACGCCAUCCGGUGGCCGUAUCUCUGCCUGCGACGCUACGGCUACGACUCCAACCUGUUUUCUUUUGAGAGUGGUCGCCGCUGUCAGACUGGGCAGGGAAUCUUUGCAUUCAAGUGCUCCCGGGCAGAGGAGAUCUUCAAUUUGCUCCAGGAGCUGAUGCAAUGUAACAGCAUCAACGUGGUGGAAGAGUCGAUGAUGAUGAGUCGCAGUGGUCACACGCCAGAGAUGGACAUGUCUCGCACGCCACAGACUCCCAACACUCCAGCGUUCCCUGUCCAGGCUUUUCCCAAUGGAUACCCUGGUUAUCCGGUCAGAGGCGACUCCUCCCAGCCCUCUCUUGCUGAUGAUCAUGGACAUAGCCUCAUGGGUUUGGAGGACCAGACCCACACUUAUGUAAAUACUGUUAGCAUGGAGGGGGAUCUCUCUAUGCGUCACUGUGUGCACUCCCUACCUGAGGUGCGGCCCAGCACUUUCCCCGAAACAACACGGGGAGCCAUGCCCGUCGGGGGCCAAGGGAACCCGCAGUCCAACCUGCGGUGCUGUCCUCUCGAGGAGCAUAAAGAUCCUCAGGUGUUCUUACAGCCGUCAUCGCAGGAGGUCAAAUUCAUGCUGGGCCCCACUCCAGCACAGCGCCAUCUGCUGGAGAGAGAGAGGGAGAGAGAGAGGGAGAGACAUGGGCACAAUCCUCACAACCUUCAGCCAGUAGAGGGUGCAACAGGCUCAGAGACGGAAGGAGACGAGCCCUCUAUGCACCUGUGCAACUCUCACUCCUAUCACCAUUUCCAUCACCAUGCGCACCGCCACCCGGGCCAUGAGCACCCGGACGGCUGCCAGAGCGGCGAGCUCACCUAUGAGAACAUCAACGGCCUGAGGAGCGGCCGCAAGCAGCGGCUGAGUCCCAGCAGCGUGUCGCAGUCUGUGGGCUCGAGCAGCAGCAGCAGCACCGGGGACAGUCACUCCCACUCCCUCUUGCACCCGCAUGCCCACGGCCCCUCGUCUCUGCCCCCGCAGGGCUACGCCUGCGAGAGGGGCAUGGGCGGAGGUCACCGUCGGACAGCUCUGCUCAACUACGAGAACCUGCCCUCUCUGCCCCCCGUGUGGGAGUACAGUGCUCUGCAGCGGGACGAUGAACAGGAGGAGGAAGACGAUGAGCAGGAUGAGGACGAAUAUGAAGAAGAAGAGGAAGACUUUGAUGAGUAUGAGUUCUCAGAGGGUCCUGGGACGCCUAAUGGGUACCACCAGGACGGCCGGGGCAUCCACAGAGAUGCCCUGCAGAACUAUGUCAACACAGAGCAGGUCCAGCCGCCCCGGCUCCGACACGCCUGCCCCCCGCACCCACGGCCAUGUCAGCCAGACAGAGGGGGACGAAUAUUUAGCUUUGAUUUCGGCAGACGAUCGAGGUCAGGGGUUGGGGGCUGUGAGCACAGCCACAUGCCUCCGUCGCGGCAGCUGAAUUACAUCCAGGUGGACCUAGAGGGAGAACCUCCCUGCCAAGCCCUCAGCGGCGGGGGUGCCCAGAACCAGCCACAGCACCAGCGCCUACCACCCAAAAAAUGUGGCCCGCAGGCACCCCGGCGCAGCGAGUGCUACGCAGUCAUUGACCUAAAGAAGACCGCUGCCAUGUCCAACCUGCAGAAAGCUCUGCCCAGGGAUGAUGGGACUUCCAGAAAGACUCGCCACAACAGCACAGACCUGCCUCUGUAAACGAUGUUCAAACUGAAGAGGAACGAUGAAGACAGAUGAAGGCUUAUCCUCAUCUUAGCACACUGGACCCUUCACUGUCAUCCAUCCAUUCAACUGUCGGGCUGACUAAUACAGUACAGGUACCUAAUUAGAAACUUACUGAAACCUAUCUGUGCAUAUAAAAGGAAAUAAGAAAUCUCUGAGGAGAAUUUGCCAUUUUAUUCUGUGUUAUUUAUUAGAUGUGUGGUGUGAAGCUCUCUCGAGAAAUCUGCAGUUUUUACUGCAAAUACUGUUUGCUGGAUAUAUGGAUAUUUAUAUAUAAGCAUAAAAUCAUACAUACACAAGAAAAUCAAACAUGUAUGAUUUUAUGCUUAGCCAUGACUUAGAGCAGAGACCUCUGUUUUCAGUGGAAGUAUUCAUUGCCAUUCUGUAUGAGCAAAUUUGAAUUCGUAAACCCAUCUCCACUCACAAAUAUUAUUGUUCCUAUCAUUUAGUUACACUACAUCCAUGUGGUUUUCUUUAUUUAAACACUCUGAGAGUCAGAAAUGUGACCCUCAUCACAGAAGGCUUAGAGGAGUUGUUGGCAUACAGGAAGGUUAAUGGUUCCUCCAAGAUACUGGCCAAUAUUCAUACCUCAUCACAAGCACCUAAGUCUAAUGUUGUGGCUGGUAGAAGAGACCAUUCUUUGUUACUAUAUGUCUAUAGAGCAUUUUGCACACAAUCCUAUGGAAUUGUAUUUUAUCAUAUUUUAGGAACAGUAUCGUCCAAUUCAAGUUGAAAAAAGGAAUAAAAUAGAUGGUGAUAUAUUUGGAGAAUUAGACUUCAACUGAAUGAUGGUUUAAAAAAAAAAAGUAGCACACAUGGAUUAAACGGGCUUCGGCUCCCUCCUAUCCACAUGCAGCAAAAUGAAAAAGUAGCAUAUCACCUUCGAUCACACCUCCCCUGCGCAUCAUCCCAGACCCGCAGGAGGUCUGCAGCGGUUUACGCUUGUCACGUUGCACUUUUUGACCCUGGGCCACUGAAAAAAAAAAAAGGAAAGAAAAAAAACGCUCUCUUGUCACCGCUCUCUCUCUGCUGGAGCCGCAGGUUCGACUGUGUCCUUUUACCAAAAGCAGGAGGCCAAAUACUUCACGGACAUGUAGAUAGGGUUUAUUUCAAUGUUUUGAUGGAGACAUCAAUAACCUCAAAUAGUGGCAUUAAGCUAUAACCUCACAUAAAAUGUGCUGAAUCUAUAAUUUGUCACUUAUCAGGUGUGAGUGGUCUGUUUUUAAAGGGUAAUCAAGUACGUUGCAAAGUCAUGCAGUCAAGAUUUUUGUGAGGCUUUAUCAACCUCCUUAGUCAGAUAUUUAUUUAUUUAUUUCAUUAUUUAUUUAUUCAUUCUUUUUUUUUGUAAUAAUUCUGUUUUUCCAUGUGACGACCAGCGUUUUGUAAUCCAGUUGGUAAUAUGGAGACCAAAGUUUCACCUCAAAUUAUCACUGGACACUGGUGUAUUACUGUUAUAACUGUACGUAAUUCUAUUUUAAAAAGAGAUUUAUAUUUUAAGUGCCAAAACUUAAUUGCAAACUGUAUGAUGAGUAAAAUCAAACGUGCCAUUAGGAUUCAUAGGACAGAAAGGUCUAAGGUGAUAGCGGUCGAGAUACAAAAUAUAUCUGAAUCCAACUUUUUAAGGAUGGGAGAAAUUAAAAUAAUAAACACUGCACAUUCCACCUCAUCUGCAUCGACAGCCAUUAUGGAGGGAGAUAUAAGAAUGGUAAUCUUGUAGUCUGAUAAUCACAGUUAGGGUGGUUUUAUGCUGCUACGUGUACAUACUAACAGUAGCCCAUGUAAGCUACAGGUACUUGUCAAAAUGAAAACUUAACGCGAUGUCAGAUCUUUUAUCAUAUUGUUAAUAGAAGUAGCAUUGUUGUGUUCUUCUGAGAUUCUGAGAAUUUUUUUUUUCUUCUGAACAGUAGAAAUGUACCAUUUCAGAGAAUGUUUCAUUUGGCUCAAAUUAAAUUUCACUGAGAUUGUUUUCCUGACAAACCGGCUGUCUGGUAGGAGAGGUAACAGAAGCACAGGCCCCACUGAUGCUGUCAUCUUUUUGUUGAGCGCUCAUAUCAAGUUGAUAUUUUCAGCCGAUGGACGAAGGCCAAAAUGUUUUAGAUUUAUACACGUGUAUAGGCCUUCAGAUGCAGAUGUAUUGUGGCAUUUAGCUGAAGUUGAUUUUUUUCUUUUUAACCAAACGUUCAAGAGAUGAAUAUAUGACACAAAUACAAAUUCUCAACUUCUGAUGAAGAGGGUUUUUCUGCUUCUGUGUUAACAUGAGCUAAAGUGCAUAUUGACUGAAAUACAAAGCUAAAUUGAUGACCUCUGACCUUUUAAAUUUGUUUGUGCAAGGGAAAAAGAACAGCCUAGGCUAUGUGAUUGGUGCUCACAUCCCCAUUUUCUAACAGAGCCGUGUCCACAAAACAAGAUUUCUCUUGUUAAAAAAAAAUGUUAGAGGAACAGCCCAUAACCUAAACCAUAUUUCAUUCAUGACGAUAAACAACAGACAUUUUCUCAUCUCAGAAGACAGAAAUCAUGAAUGUUUUGCAUUUUUUCUUGAUGAUCAGCCAAAUAGUUUGAAGAUAUUUGAUUUAUAAUUAUAUAAUACAAACAAACCCAGCAAAUCCUCACAUUUGAGAAUCUGGAAUCAACAAAUAUUUGGUGUUUUUCCUUGAUAAUGACUCAUAUGUUUCAUCUUUAAAAUGCUUGUUUUUUCCAACCAAAACCCAAAAAUGUUCAGUUUACAGUGACGUAAAAACAGAGAAAAGCAAGAAAUUCAUCACAAAUAAACAGAUUUUUGGCAAUUUUAUUUGAUCAGUUAAUUAAGUAAUGAUUUCAGUGCUACUGAUACGUUAGUAUAAGUAAUGUGAAAAAAGGAGAAAUGGGUUUAGUCUAGCCUCUGAUCAACAUUCCCAACAUAGAAGCCUUGAAUAACCCUAAAUCAAAAGCUGAUAGUUUGUAUUUUUGCCUGAGCGUCAUACUUUGAAAUGAGAUUUUUAAAAAUGUCUAAGCCAACUCUUAGCUCGUCCCAAUACUGACAUUUUUAAUUGUAUUUGCAAAGAUAUUGUCAAGAGACAUUGGAGGGAUGUUUACAUUUUUGCAAUAAUAGGUAAAUUAUUGUUUUGUCGAUCGAAAUCAGACCAACGUGUGAAGUGUGAAAUUUAAAUAGUAGUCUAUAGAGCUGUGGGCUUAAUGUAUUUAAUCGCCUGUUCUUCUGUGAAUCAGCAGUCUUAUUAUUAUUAUUAUUUCAGGUAUGAUGUUUUCUUUUCAACCUUCAUAGUGCGAUUUUAGCUAUGAAAGUAAAAAAAAAAAAAAAAGAUGCCUGUUUUCUUGAUUGUCAGACACUGUGUUUGCUUAAACUCACAUUAACAGUGCCAUACAGUAGGUGACCAUUGCCAGUACUUAAAUUAAACUUUAUUGUAUUAAACUUUUCAAACCAGUGGCGAUGUUUCAUACAGGAAUCAGCAAGUGGUUCAUCUAAUUUCUCAGAAUAUUGUUAUGUGUGGUUUUAUGGUCAUUUAAAAAAAACAAAACAAAAACAAAAAAAUCCAUGUUUAAAUGUGUCAACUAUCUUUGUUAUAACGCAGUAACCUCACCACCACCCGAACCAGUAAACAGUGAUUACAGCAUCAUUACCACAUACUCCUGUGUUUACUGAUUAAUAUUCAAAAUAAAUAGGUAUGUUAAGUAAUUGUUUUUCAGAUCUAAAACCUCUCAUGUGAUCUCACUGCACCCUGAGUUCAAAUGAAGUGCAGCUCCCACCUCCAUCACUGACUGUGACUUGCUCCAUGUUGAUACUAUCUCAAGCAUUUCAUUUUCACAACCCUCUUUGUUUAUGCUCGGGGCGUGAUUCACACAGGUGUCUGUGAGAUCGUUAAGCGCCUAUCGCGGGUGUGAUUAGUUCUGCUGGUGUAAUCUGCAGGGCAAGGAGUCAGAAGUCAAGAUAACAACUCCUGUCGCUAAGUUCCCCAAACUGAAUUUAUUGAAUGGGUUGUUUAACUAAAGGGCUUGCUCUGUGUUUACUGUGCAAACAUGAACACGUAUCUUAAAGUCCAUUUAAAGAAAUUUCUCACUGUGCCUUUCAUAUUCAAGCUGGUAAACAUUGUCACUGCUGUUUAUGAGGAUGGCCUGUUGUUCAAAAAAAAAAAAGAAAAAGUCACUGCUUGUUGAAAGGCUGAUGAAGCUAAAAGGAGCUUUAGUCAAAGUGGUUUCAUACUUCAAGUUGUGCCAACUUUUGAUUGUUUUAUAGGAAACUGUAUUUAAAAGUGAUGUCUGUUGAAGGAAUGUUUUGGGAAAUACACUUAGAUUUAGUAUGUAAACAUGAAGAUACUAACAGAGGACAGUUAGCUUAGCUUAGCAUAAACACUGGAAACCGCUUGUGUGGCUCUGUCCAGCAGUUGCCAGGCAACGAGUAGAGACUCCAAGAGGUCACUGCUUCAGGCCAAGAAAAAAAAAAACCAUAAAACAACAAAAUGUCAGUGUCAACAUUUGACUGACUGUCAAAAGGUUCAACAAACGAGACAUAAUGUGUUAGUUUGUGAGCAUUAGAGGUGCUAGUAGACAGAUUUUUUUUAUAUUCAAACAGAGCUGUUAACCCCUUUUUCCAGUCUUUAUGCUAACUAGCAAGCUAAGCUAACCCUGUCCUGGCUGUUGCCUCAUAUUUAGAGUACAGAGAUGAGUAGCAUCAAUUUUUCAGGUAACUUCCAGUUAGAAUUGCCAAUAUGUGUACUUCCCAAAUUUGAACUAGUCCUUUAAGUUAUAGACCUCAAAUUUGAAUGAAUCAUGACUUGUUACAUUAGACAGAAUAUAACCUAUAAUAAUCUGCUCAGUGGUUCAGGAGAUGCAGUGAAACAGCCAAAUUCAAUGUGACUGAAAAGGUGUUGAAUCAUGACUCGUAUGUUCUGUAGCAUAUAAUGUUAAUUAUGAGUAAAGACCGUGUGUUUGUCAUUUUAAUGCCAUGUGGCUCUGGUGCACUCCAUGACUAUCUGAUCUCUCAUCAGCUGCCAUUUCUUCUCAUAGUGCUGAAGAAUGUGGAAAUAAACCUCCUUUCAGAGAUUUCUGUUUUUUGUGUGCUUUUCCAGUUUACAAAACAAAGAAAAAAAAAACACAAGUGUAAUACACACGUAUGUCAAGAUUUCAAGAAUAUUGUAAGAGCAGAAAGAAAGGCAGGUUGCACCAUAGUGCUACACAUCAUCUUCAUCAGUGGUUUUUAUCAUCAUCGUCAUCUCUUUGGUGAUUUUGUACAUCAUUUUCGAAAAAAAAAAGAUCUCACAUCUAAAUGACAUAUUGUAAAACCUCAACUUCCUGUUCAUGCUACAAGAUAGAUCUCUGUCAAAAUACUGAAAAUAUCAGAAAACUGUAAUAUCUCUUCUUAUUGUGUAUUUUAUUUUUAUUUUCCUAAAUCUGGUUUGUUUUUGUCUGGUACGAGAGUGUGAUCGCCACCAGAGGGUGAUGUACAUGUACGGGUCUGAGCUGUACAUUUUUGUGACAGAUUUGUGUAUUUACAUAACAGGUUGCAUUGGUCUUAACUUUGUGACUAUUAUAUCAAUUUAUGAAUCGAAUGAGUGCCAAAUAUGCUUGAGCAUGACAAAAACUCGGGACCUACGAGGAACUGCAGGUACUCUCUGACUCACCGAGUGAGACUCAAGUGACUCACUGCUGUUGUAGACUCUACUUGUGAUAUGAAUGCACAGCCGGAGGUUUUAACCAUGCUAAAUAUUUUUGCUGAAAGAGGAGCUGGGGCAGGUGGGGGUUAGGGGGACUUCUUUAUGUUUUUUGUCUUGGUUUGAAAAAGUUUAUUCAAAUAUUUGUUGUAUGUUUCUGUGUCCAUCCAUGGCUUUUAAAAUGAGUAUGCAGUGAGGGUCUUAUCAUGCUGCCAUUAGAGGUGAAUAUAAAAAGCUGAUUUGCUUCAUUUGUUGGACUGUCAAAAAGAAGAAAAAAAAAACAUUUGGGUCAUUUUCAUUCUUAAAUCAUUCCACACAGAGAUGCGUUGUAUGUUAUCUGACCUCCUCUUCAUCCCAAAAAACAAAGUGAGCCUGACAUUUGGUGAAUUUUACCCUGAAUUUUAUCAAUUAUAGAGUGUGGAUUUGUGCAAAAUGUAAAAGUAAAUGUAAUUCUAAUAUUAAAAUGAAGCUAUGAAAAUA